UGUUAAUGAUGCUUGUUAGAAAAUUAUUUGUUUAAAACUUAAAAAACGAUUUAAUAUGAACUUUAUAUCAAGCUUAUAAGCUUUAUAUUAAACGAACAAUUUGUUUAAAUCUUGAAAUUACCUUUUAAAAAAGCUAUCUUCUUGUGCUUAUUAUUCAUUUUAAUACUUAAAAACAAAUGAAUGUAGUAGAUUUCUACAUUAAAGUAAUAAAUAUGGUUUUUCUUUCGGUAAUAUACCUUUUUAUACUGUUUUCAUCGGCUUAUACGGCGAAUAUUUUAUGUGUGUUUCCUCAUCGGGGUCUUAGCCAUCACAUGAUGUACUUACCAUACAUACAAAAACUUAAGGAUGAAGGACAUAAUUUAACAACUAUAAGUCAUUAUUCAUUCGACCAUCCAAAUAUUACAGAAAUUUCUAUAAAAGGUUCGAUAGAACUGAUUAAUAAUAAACUACCAUUUUCAAAUAGAACUCUUAAUACUGUAGAAAAAAUUGUAUAUUUACUAUGGCAAUUUCAUGCUACUGGCAAAGUAGAUGAAGUUAUGUUUAAAGUUGAAGAUGUAAAACGAAUGUUAGCAGAAAAUUCAACAAAUUAUGAUUUAUUGAUUACCGAACAUUUUAAAAAUGAACUACCUUUGAUAUUUGCACAUAAAUUCAAAAUUCCUACAAUACUAUUAAGUAGCAGUGGUCUAUUACCAUGGAGUCAAUUUGUUGUUGCACAAUCUUACGAAAUGUCUACUAUUCCUGCGGUCCUUGGAGGUUUUAGCAAAAAAAUGAACUUUUACGAACGUUUCAUAAACACACUUAUCAUAUCUAGUCAAAUGUCAUCAUAUAAAUUAUUAUUUAGAUCUAGUGAUAAUGAAAUUAUCAAAAAAAAUCUAAACAUAGAUGUUUCACUAGGAAAUGUUGCACAGAAUACAUCGUUAAUUUUAGUUAAUACUCAUCAUUUUAUACAUGGAACUAAGCCCUUGGUGCCAGCCAUAAUAGAAGUUGGUGGAAUACAUAUAAAACCUUCAAAACAAUUACCUGUGGACAUUCGAAAAUUCAUUGACGAGGCUGAACAUGGUAUUAUAUACUUCUGUAUGGGCAGUUUACUUCGCGGGGAAACUUUUCCAGCUCAUAAGAGACAAAUGUUUUUGAACGUAUUCAGUAAACUAAAACAAAAGGUGUUAUGGAAAUGGGAAGGUGAUAUGCCUGGAAUAACAUCUAAUGUUAUGAUAAAAAAAUGGAUGCCCCAGCGUGAUAUUUUAGCUCAUCCGAAUGUCAAACUGUUUAUUUCACAUGGAGGUUUAUUGGGUACUACAGAAGCUGUAUAUGAAGGUGUACCUAUCUUAGCAAUGCCCAUUUUUGGUGAUCAAAUGACAAAUAUAAAAGCAGUGAUGGAUACAGGUGGUGCAGAAAUGUUGAAUUACAAUAAUUUAGAAGAAGAUGAAAUAUUUAACAAAAUCAAAGCUAUGUUAACUAAUCCCAUUUACAAAAAUAAAGCAAAUAAAUUAUCAGAGAUAUUUCGUGAUCGACCAAUGUCUCCUUUGGAAUCAGCAGUAUAUUGGACAGAAUAUGUUAUUAAACAUAAAGGUGCUCCACAUUUACGAACAGCAGCAGUUGGCAUGCCAUGGUUUCAAUAUUAUUUAAUUGAUGUAUUUUUAGUUAUUAUAAUAAUUAUUGUCACACUAUGCUUUGUUAUUUAUUUUACAUUAUCAAAGUUACAAAACCUAUUAAAAUCGUCAAUAAAGUGAAAGCUACAUUGAUUUCUAAUUAAAAAGUGUUGUAAUUUAUAGAUUUUUUUUUGUGUGUAGAUACUGUAAACUUUGUUUUAAAGGUCUAAUCGUUGUAGUAAACAGAUAUUAAUUAUUUUAAUCAUAAUUAAAACAAAUAU